GACCAUUAAACACAACGAGACGACUCGUGUUACAGUGGAAAUCAAUUGGUCUGCUUGCUGGACAAAGAUGAAGCAACUGUGUCUCUAUAUCCUUUCUUUUUCAGGACUGGUGUGUGUAGGUGUGUGUAAACCGCGUGAGUAUAUUCUCAUCAAAGAGCUGAAGACGUGGACAGACGCACAAGCUUACUGCAGAUUGAAUCACAAUGAUCUGGCCACCGUUCAGACUGAUGAAGAUCGGACAAAUCUGCAUCAGACCGCCAGUGAGAACGCCUUUACUUCAUACGGCUGGAUCGGACUCUACAAUGACAUCAACAGCUGGAGAUGGUCUUAUCAGGACGAGGGCGUCGCUUAUUUCAACUGGCAUCCUGGUCUCCCGGAUAACUACGGUGCAGGAGAGGAGUGUUCCGUGUUAAGAAACGACGGAUACUGGUUGGACUACUAUUGUACUAUCACGAGAUGGUCUUUGUGUUUCGAGGAUAAGAACGGCACAGUGAAAUAUUACUUGGUUGAUCAGUUGAAGACGUGGAGUGAAGCUCAGAAACACUGCAGAGAUCGCUAUACAGACCUGGUCACCAUAAGAAAUGAAGCUGAAAAUACAAAGUUCAAAAGUGUGAUGUAUCCCGCAAUAGAGGUUUGGACUGGAUUAUUCAGGGACGACUGGAAGUGGUCGGACCGGUCCAAUCUCUCCGCCUCCAAUGAAGCGGCUGCUGAGAAUCUUAAUGGAGGAAAUGAAAACUGCGCGGCAUCAACUUAUUACAGCCACUUUGAUGAUUGGUCAUGCUCGACAACUUUUAACUUCUACUGUAGUACCUCGAAGGUGAAGAGGCAGAUCGUGAAGGUGCAGGUGACAUCAAAUGUGGGAAACGAGGAUGGUGCUCAACUGCAGACACUGGUGAUGAAGAAGUUAAAGCAGACACUGUCCGGACUGACUGCAGAUGAGGAUUUGAAAAUGAAAUGGAGGAAGCAAGAGAACGGAAACGUCUUUCAGAAGCAAGUCGCUUUACAAAAAAGUGCCAAUGGAAGCUCUGUUUGCUAUGCCACAUCAUACUAAGAAAUCAUAAGCAUUCACAAAAAACAACAUUAGCACAGUAUAUAGUAAAUUUGGGAAAACCAUCCAAUUCAUUUUUCAUUUUAUGUUUAGUCUUUUUUAGUCAGUGAAUCAAAAUAUGAGUGCAGUGAGACAGAGAGAGAAUUUAUAACCAUUGUGACUCUUAAAGCUUCAUGUUACAGGGCUGUAAAACCACCAGCAACUAUGUUAAAGUGUCUAUCACAAACUGACGCUAAAUUGUUUACAACACUAUAAAAAAAUACAUUUUCCAUGUAAAAUGUAAAAAAAAAAACACUGAAUUUUACUGUUUAUACAGAUUUUUAUGAAUUUUUGAAAUAAGCUCCAAUACAUGUAAAAUUAUAGGAAAAGACCGCAAAUUUACAAGAAAAAUGGGAAAAACAUGAAAUUUUACAAAGACGUUAUUUUACCGUCUAUUUCUGGCACCCCAGCUGCCAGAAAAUUCCCAAUUUUUUAAACAAGAUGUUAGUUUUAACAGGUUUUUUUGCAAUACGGUCAAAAACUGUAACAUUACAGAAAAAGGCAGCAAAUUUACAAGAAAAAUGGGGGAAACCAUUUAUUAUAUAGCCUUACAUCCUGUAAUUUUUACAAGAAAACAACAGUUAUUUUGCGUUAUAUUUCUGCCGCUCCAGCUGACAGAAUAUUUCUGUGUUUUUUUCACAGUGAAUAUUAUCGUGUGUGUUGUGUAGUAUGAACACAAUAUCACGUAGGUUGUUAUUAACACAAAUACACUUAGAUUUAGUCAUUAACAAAAGGUUUGCAUCGUCUCUUUUUCUCUUCUAUCACAGCUUAAUGUGGAAACACUGUGAAAACUGUAAUGGGUCCAAAAGCACUAUAACAUACUGUAUAUUUAGUAUAAAUAGCUUGAAUUGCUGAUAUGGGUUUAGGGCAAUUUAUUUAUGAGUGACUAUGUAGUUAAUCACUCUCUGUAAUGUAAACUAUUAAAUAAUGGCCACUGAUUUAGUGUGGUUUUGAAAACGGUUUACAGUCGUCUUGUGUUUAUUUUGAUAUCUAGUUAAAUACAAUAAAUAGCAUAAAUAGCAGUGUCUGACAAACACAUACAUGUCAGUGUAAAUGUGAAGCGAUACGUCAAAUAUACAGGUAUAUGUUUUAGAAACGUGCAAGCCUGAAUUUGCUUUUGAAAUCUGUAAAUGCACAAUAUCAAUAAUCAUGUUUAAUAAUAUCACAAUUAUGGUCAAUACUGUCAUGAUUCUGCCUCUUCUUGUCAUGAUUUUUCUAGUCUUGUGGCAGGGUCAUGACAGACCCACGUGUUUAGUGUGUAGAGAGGUAUAGGCCCUGUCCCAAAUGGCGCACUUCAUGUGGACUUGUGGUCUCGUGUACUUAAAUUGCACAUGCUCGCGAAGUCUCCGAGUCUGUAGUGUGUCCCAUUUGUCAUUUUUACGCUCUGAAGUGUGCUCAUCAGCGACCCCUUUGUGCCCUUGAUGCGGUCUUCGGCGAAGCCCGUACUGCAGCAGGCUCCACACAACUUACAACCCAGAAGUCCUUGCGAACGCCCAAUCACAGAAUGGAUGUGAGGAGUGUCGUGGAUGUCAGACAUAUACGUAUAAACAUGACAGAAACAUUUUUAAAUGUAUGUUUUGAUAAAAUUCAUAAUCAAUUUCUUAUUCACAUUAUUGCUUAUUUAUUUUCUAUUAAGCCAGCUAUUCAAGAAUAAAAACUUUU